AACAAAUUAAAAUAUCCUUAUAUAAUACCCAGUUCAUUAACGUCAUGCAGCUCCACAACUGCCGCUAAUAUAAAAUGAUGCAACCACCCAACUCUCUCCUAAUUAAUGUAUUCUGUUCACUACAGGCAGCUCAUUAACAGCAGACAGCAUGACGCCCCAUCCCGAACUUCUCUGGUAACACUGGAUGGUAUCUGAACCUUACUCCCCUCUGUUUAAUAGGAUCGACCCAUAGCGUACUACCGGAAGUUCUACCAAUGAGCUUUUCGUUGCUGUGGUAAAUCAACAUGGCGGGGAUAAAUCGAAUAGGAUCUCCAAUGGAUCUCUGUGACGAAGGACUUGACGAAGCUCCUGAACAAGUGGAAAAAAGAAAGCGCGAAUUAACAGCUAAACAAACAUCCAAAUCCCCAUUUUUCAUUGGUUCCAUAGAAGAUGUAAACCAGAAAAUUGGAAAACUUGAACGAAGACUACAAAACCACACACAGUUGGUAGUGGAAAGCCGAGCAUCAGAACAGGAAUAUCUACCAGAGUUUGCACCUAGCAGUGCUCGCAGUAAUUACAGUUAUCAUCAAAGAGAGAAAGAAAAGAAGGACAUACAGAGAUUUGCUGGAUUCUUUGCCUUCAAAUCAACAUUUUUUCCAAAAGUGAGCACAAGAGUAAAAAACAUAUCAAAAAUAAGUAAAGAGACUGGGAAAGAAACAACAGUCCAUUUGAAGAAGGAGAAAGAUGCUGGGAAACCCAAAUUUGCUGAGCUUCAUCAGUUUCCUGGGUAUGACCCCAAUAAAUUGACUCCAUUACCUGGUCACCUAACAUCUGAGGAGAUACUGAAUGUUGUUGUACAAGCUUCAGUAAGAAUAGAUAAGAUGCACUCAUAUCGACCAGAAUUUCAGCGCCUAUUGUUCUCAACAGCUUCUCAAGCUAUUCUGCAAGACACAUUUUGGUAUUUCUUCUUGGAGAAGUUUCAGAAAAGUCCUACUGAACAGCAAAAUCUUUUUAAUCGUGUGGCUCACAAUUAUGUGAGUCUUCUCUUUGAUGCAAACAAUCCCUACUUCAGGGACACUUUUUUGAAGCAAUAUCCAACAUUGAUAUCACAAGCAGUUUAUGCCACAUUUUGCCACUGCUUUCCAGACUCCUACACACAGUUUGGAGAAAAAUUUAAAGAUGAAAUUGUCUUCCUAGUGUUUAGCUGGAUAACAGGAAUCCAUCCUCCUCCUCGUUGUUGGAUGGAAUGGAAUUUUGAAAAACUGGAACCACGUAAUAUCAGGACAAAGGCAGAGAUAAUGAACCGAAGCAAAAAGAAAACUUUGAAUUUUGACUACCUGGACUUUCUGACUUCACCCAACAACAGCCAGGUGCCAACCAUGUCAAUGAAAUCUUCAGCCUCUAGCAGCAAUUCUUUUAGCCCAAAACAAGUACGUUUUGGACAUAAAAACAGAGGCAAACAUGAAGCCAUAUUUCAGAAGGAAGCAGAUAAAGAAGGCAGAGGGCAAUUACAUAUUGUAACCUCAGUCCAGGAUGACCACCUUAUUGAUGUUGUAGCACAUGAACAGAGGAUUUGUGACAAGUCAGUGGCUGAAAAUAGCAUAACUACCAGUGAUGGUCAGGUUAAACAAAUAACCAGAGAUGAUGAUAAGGAAGAUGCACCAUCCUCCACUGCCAAGCUGAAUGAGGAAUGGGGAGAAGACGUCAAGAAGUCACAUGCCUUGUCCUCUGCUUUUCUGGCAUUGAAGGAGAAGCCAGACUAUAUGAUGUCACAUCCAGCAUGCAAGGGACCAGAUUUUGUGAAGGCAUCAUUGAACUUAAAUGGGAAAAGUCCUCUUGUAGCACACUUCCUUCAGCUGCAUAACAUAACUGCACCUUUCAACCUAGUUAUACAUAUACCUCACAGAGAAAUUGAAAACCUACCUCCGCUUAAUGCCCCGACAUAUAAAGAUAUUAUUCACCAGUCAUCGAAGGUAAUCAGGACCAUCGAACAGAAAUUUCAAGAGAUGUAUGCAAGAAAGCAACAUGAGAGGGCUGAAAUCAUGAAGGAGCAUCAAGCAGUCUUGAGGGAAUACAAGAAAAGAGAGGCAUCCCUGCUUAGUAAUAGUCUUCAGGUGAAGUGCCUGACAGACUUAAUUGUCUUGGAACAGAAGAAAGGAUCUGAUCCCAUAUCAGCUGGAGCUCAUCAAGCAAUUAAAGCAGCACUCAUGGGUGAAUAAUAAUACCACAUUAAGACUAUGUAACUGAGUGGUGUAAUGGAAACUUACGUCUGCAAAACAUUAUUUUUCACUUACCACUCAGUGUCUGCAUGUAGAAUGUUUUCUGCUGAAUGGACCACCAUAGCAAAUGUCAUACUGUUGGAUGGCUUUUUCUGCAUUGUCUUGUCAACUCUAUUGAGAAGUGUACAUUUCAUCCAUUCUGUUAUUCUGCAUUUCCUUAUAUUUCUAUGUCAUCUGCCUACCACCUCCCACUUCUAUCUCUGUACCUUUUCCACCUAAACUGUCUGCUAGCUAUGCUCAAAGUGCUUUACAUCCUGGGUGAUAAAACUAAGCUCUAGGCUGUAGUAGGUGCCAAGUGCCAUUUGAUAUUCCUAUGCUUGUGAUCAUGUCAGAGACACACCCAGCUGCAUUUGGUCAGCAAGUGGCAAGUGUGGCCUCAUGUUUGACCUGCUCCACCAUGUAGCCAGUCUCAGCAUUUGAUAAAUUUCUGAGUCUAGCCAGUAAUCAGAAUGCCUGGUCAUAAUUGAAUUAAAUAGUUGAACCCAGGUGUUUACCCUAAUGAAACGCUUUUUUUAGAAAAUUUAUUUCAAACUACAAAGAACAAAAAAAAAAAAAAUUUCACAAUUCGUAUUUGGUCAGGUAAAAAUGUGCGUAUGAUUAGAAUCUUAGUUUCUUUAAUUUGUUUUUUCAAUCAGAUAAUGCGAUUUUUAAGAUAAAUGAUAAAAAAUGAUUUCUUGCAUAUAUAAAUUAAAAUUAUCUGAUCCAUGUAGAAAUUAAAUUUGAUUAUUGUUUGUAUUUCACUUAAUAAACAACAUAAAAGCAAAACAUCUUUACCAGUUUUGUUUUCAGUAUGCCUUGAAUUGUUGACAAAUACCCAUUUAGAGUUCAUGUCAUGUUGCAUGUUUAAAAUUAAUUUUUUCCAUUAAUUGUUAUUUGUUCAUUUGAAGGUCCCAUUUUCUAUGAUGAAAUGGGAAAGACAGUGAAGUAAUCCUUACACCUUUACGAAAAUAAUUGUUUUCCUUUCCAAUCAUGUCCUAAUGACUUUGCUGUAAAGGCAGUUGUCACAUUGAACUAAAGAGAGAAUAACUUGAAAUCAGAAGACAUCAAUGAUACAUUAUUUUCCUUCUGAGUAUAGCUGAAAAAAAUCUUCCUAUAAUCUAGAUAUUUGCUUACAUAUUUUUUUUUCACUUUUUCAAAAUAUUGUAUGAAAAUAUUCUUGAUGAUUUCUGUAGAGCAAGUGGUUUGAUUAUCACAUUCUAAAUAUUUUUAAAAAAUCUGAAGUACUAUUGUAAAAACUUCAGCAUCACACUCUAAAGGAGCAAGUACAAUGAAGCAAUCUGACAAUGGAGACAACCUUCAUUUUAAUAAUAAUUUAAUUCCAAAAUGAAAAGGACCUUAUGUAAGAAAGAUGCUAAAAUUAGUAUGGCAUUGCUUUUGUUAGUAGUAUUAACAGUAAUUUGGAAGUUGCUGGCUUGAUAUUCUGUGAUGAAGACAAUGCUAACAGAUGUGAAGUUAUUUACAACAUUGUGUACAGAUGUUCCAGCCUAAAGUACCCUAUAAAUGAUUGAUAAUUCUGGAAUCUAUGAUACAUUAACCUGUAACAAGCAUAUACAGAGGUCUGAAACCUAAAAACAAAUUUCUCCUCCCUCAACCAAAAACAAAUUAUGCAGUCAUCACACAC